UACAAUCGAUUCUAUACCGUUACUAGAGCAUUCUAGGAUUUAAUGUCCACCGUAUAUAUUCGAUUUGACAACAUGGUCAUCCAGAAACAUCACUAUAAAACUGCAAUGACAGAGUUUCCGGCGUAAAAAUAAGCCAAAAUUUGUGCUGAACAUGUUUGCUAAACACUGUAAAGAGAAAACGGGAUAGUUAUAGCCAAUGUUGACUUCAUGUUAAAGUGUAUAAUUCAAUAGACAUACACGCACGUUAAAACUGCAUUACAAAUAAUGUUAUCGAUUAAUUUUUUAAGAACCUCGAAGUCAGUAAGCAAACGAUCGAAUAACAUUAACAGAAAAGUGGUUAAUAUAGAAUUAUUAAUGAGGUUUUCAUUUUUUAUCGUGAUUUUCAUUAUAAUAACUAAUUUACUGUCGUCGGCGGGUGGAAUCGAAUCAUUGGGAAACCCGUAUAAAAUCUUAGGUGUCCACAAACGUGCAACCUUACAAGAAAUUCGAAAGGCAUAUAAAAAUCUUGUCAAAGAAUGGCAUCCUGAUAAAACCGAUCAUCCUGGUGCCGAAAAUAAAUUUGUGGAAAUUACAAAGGCAUAUGAGAUCUUAACUGAUCCAGAAAGAAGAAAAAAAUUUGAUAAUCAUGGAAUCACAGAAGAAAGUAUUCCUAGACAGAGAAGAGAUAAUAGUCAAUUUAAUGUUCUUGAUCCUUUGGAAGAAUUAUUUGGUGGAAAUUUUAAGUUCCAUUAUCAAACUCGAGAUAUUUCACUCUUUUACAAGAUGAGCAUCACAUAUCGAUCAUUCGAAAAUGUGAUAGUACCAAAAACUUUUCGUACACCUUAUGUAAUAUUAUUCUAUUCGGAUUGGUGUUUUGCGUGUUUGCAAGUAGAACCAACAUGGCGCCGCUUGGUGGACGAAUUAGAACCAUUGGGUCUCGGGUUAGCAACUGCACAUGCUGAGAAAGAAUCUGCUUUGGCAAGAAGAUUGGGUAUUCAUUCAUUGCCAUGCCUUGUUGUGACAAUAGAAGGUCGCACUAGUGUGUAUAAAGAAUCUUUGUUCAGUGUGCAAAAGAUUGUUGACUUCUUACGAAACAAAUUCCCAUAUAAAUUAAUACCUAACAUAAACGAAAAUAAUGUAGACAAUUUCCUCUCAGGAUGGAUAGAUAAUAGAAUUCGAGCUUUAAUAUUUGACAGAAAAGAAUCAAUACGAUUACGAUAUCUAUUUAUUGCAUUUUACUACAGAGAUCGUGUUGCAUUUGGUUUUGUCCAGACUGGAAAUGAAGAUACAGAAUCUAUUGUAACAAAGUAUAAGAUUUCUGCAGAUUUAGAUACUUUGUUAUUGUUUAAUGAAAAUUCUGAAAAACCUAUGGCAUCCGUUAGUAUGAAAGAUAUAUCCAGUGAUACGAUGCACAAUAUUAUAUCAAAUAAUAAAUUUCUUGCUUUGCCAAGACUUUCGAAUCAAGCGAUGCUAGAUUCUGUUUGUCCACCUGAAUGGUUAAGACCACAAAAGCGAUUGUGUGCAGUUCUAAUAUCACAACAGAAUAAUCCCCUCCAUGAUGUUGCAAGACAUAAAUUUAGACAAGCAGCUUUAGAAUCAUCUUACAGCACUGAACGGGUUAGAUACACAUACGUAUUUAAAGAUACACAACCAGAAUUUGUAUCAGCAUUAUCGACAGGCGAAGGAAGUCCUUUAGAACCUUUGUUACACAUUGUCAUCAUUUGGAGAAGAGAUGCGAAUCAUCUGAAGUACGAAUGGUUACCUACUGGUUGGAUUGAGGCUGCUCAAGAUGAGAAUCAGUGGAACGAAACACGUCGAAAUUUGGAACAAACUAUACAGAGAUUACUAAGAGCAUCUGAAGCUCUGCCAUAUGCUGCGGUUGUAGGAGAAUUAGCAGAUGAACAUGCACAGGGUACAGUAGAUAAACUUAUUGGCAAGGCAUUGUUAGCUGUAGAUUAUAUAUCAGAUAGUCUUACUAAAGAGCAGAUUUUACCUUUGGUAUCAGUAAUUGCUACUCUAAUGUUAAUUGGAGCAGCAGGAUACGGAAUGUCGUAUUUAGUGAAACUAGAAGAAGCGAAUGUUCAAGCUGAACGUGCUCAAUGUAAGGAUAACGGUAAAUCGACACCAUCACAGCCGCAAUUGCGAUUACAUGAAUUACGCGCAGAGAAAUAUAAUGGUUUAGUUCGACUAUUGAAACCAGGCUGUAGAACCAUUAUACUAUUAGUUGAUGCUCAAAGUAGACUAAAAUUAUUACCAGCUUUUCAUAAAGCUGUGUGGCCUUAUAGAAAAAAUAAGACCCUUAUGUUUGGGCACAUGUCUCUCGAAAGAGGAUUAGAUUGGUAUAAAAAGUUACUAUCCCUCACUUUGUCAGAACAAAAGGAGUUAAAUAUAAAUGCCAAAAAUUGUGUUGGCACUGUACUAUCAUUAAACGGGCACCGUAAAUAUUUUUGUAUGUACCAUGCCAAACAUCCAGAAUGUAGUAAAGGAAAAGGUUCUAAGCGAAUGGAACGAAUGACGAAACAAUUAACUCGAAGAGCAGAUGAUGCUGAAGCUGGUGCAUUUAUUGGUUUUGAUAGUUCUAACGAAUCCGAUCUUUCUGAAGACGAGAGCGGAAACAAUGUAUUGUAUCAGGAUAAUCUUUUGGACGGUCUGCCUAUGUGGUUAGACAGAUUAUUCGAAGGUUUAACACAUCGUUAUUAUAUAAACUAUUGGCCCGAAUUCACUGCCAAGUAAUUAAACACUGGUAUGCAUUCUUGUAAUGUGUACACUUUUUGCAAUAGCGAAAGGGAUCCAACUAGUCAACAUGCGUCACUUGGAAGUCCAACAAUUGAAAAGAUACAUCUUUACUUUUGUUCAAAGCUAAAACAUAUUCAUUGUAUAUGAAACAUUAUUUCUAAAGUUACUCACAAUGUUCCGUAUACAUAGAUUUUAGAUACUCCAUUUACCGCAAUUGAGAAAAAUUUCAUACUAUAUCAUCAUAGUCGAUAAUGUUCUCGUAGAACUAAACAUUUUCAUUAUUUUGAACGAUUACAUAAGUAACGAUAAUCUCUGAAUUUUUAAUACUACCUUAAAUAAUUCUAGUCGAUGCUAUUAAAGACAUAACAGUAUUUAUAUUACUUGUUUAAAUAUUAGGCACUGUAUAUUUAUAUAUUUGUAAUAUGUCAAUAAUUUCCAUUCAUUUCGAUUUCUUUUAACAUAAUGUAUGGUACUUGUUCUAUAGCGGUAUGUUCUAGCAUACUUGUAGCUUUCCAUAUUACAUACGAAGUUUGAUAAAAAAAAUGUUCCUGGACAUAGAUGUAAUUCGAUUGAUAUUUAAUCUUUUUCAUGCUGAUUCAUAAGUACUUCAAAAUAUUCAAUUAAUUUACAAACUUUCUCAUACAAAUUCACAUCGGUGCGAUUCUUUCACUAAAUUUGUUAUAAAUAUAAUAUCAUUACCAAAUUUCACAAUCCUCGCAAAACAAUGUAAUAUAGUCCGAGUAUUUUAUUAUCAAACUUUGUGUACAUUACGUUAAUAUGUAAGAAUGUAUUUUUGUCUUUCCUAUGAACAUAUAUUUAUAUUAUCUUAUACAUUUUUUGAAUCUUGUAUUUUUAUUUACCGUAGAAACUGGCAACAAACGUAUUCCUACAUCUAUUGAUUCGUUCUAAGCGGAAAUUCAUAACUAUAAUAAUAAAAAUAACAAUAACAAUUAAUAAUACGUGCUUUAUACAAGUCAUAUGCAGAUUAAAAAUAAUAGAUACUUUAUAGUUGAUCGAAAGAGAAUGGUUAAUAUUCUCAUAGAACAAUACUUUAAUAUUAAAUAAUACAAAAGCUAGUCCCUUUUUCAGCUAUACUUAGACGAUGUAUAUCUUUAAAUUAUAUUUUGAAUAAUUGAAGAAAUCAAUAUCACAGCGUUGCUCAUUUGAAUAUCAAGUCAUCACAUAAAUAAUGUCACUUUCAUACUUCAGUUAAGUGAAAUAAAAUGUAUAGUAUUUGUUCAUUAUUGAUAUAUUACAUACCUGUUUUUAUUUGACUAUAAAUUAUAUAUGAAAUGAAUGAUAAUUGAAUGUAAAUUAAAUUAUAAAUGAAUAAUAUAUCGUAAUGUAUUUUAUUUAUUGGAUAAUCUCUUAUUUAUUGUUUGUUUUAAAGAUUGUUAUUGUUUUACAAAUUAUAAGAUUAUAUAGUGAUUGAUAUAUAGAUUUUAAUCUAGAAGAAUAUAGUUACUCUUUAACCGCAUUAAAAAGUAAAAUUAAAGAAUGUUAUAUCGCGAAAUACAGAUUAUUAUUGAUAGAUUAUCAAUUUCUUAUAUAAAUGACAACGCACAUGUGAUACAUUACAAAAUCUCUUAUUAAGAAAAUUCAACCUAUAAAUGUAUAUAACACGUAUCACGGUAAAAAAUGACUUGGCUUAUGUGAUGACUGAAAAUAAAUUUACGUUCAGUACAUACUUUAAUCAUACUUUAAUCAUAUUUUACAAAAUUAUCUUUUUGAUCUUUAAAUGCAUGGAAAAAGAGUGAUGUAUAAAAGAAUUGUUUACAUUGUGUAUACAGUCUAUGAAAAUAUUUAAAACAUGAUGAAAUAAAGAUAUGUGAACAA